ACCUCUCCCUGCCUCUGCGUGGCUCGCAUCUCUCCUCCCAUCGGUGAGUGGGCUGCAGGUCCAACGCGCUCUCCGUCAUCCGGCUGGCUGAGCGCACCGGAGGCGACUGGCGGACUGACUGCGGAAAGAUGCGUCGAUGCGCCCCGCAGAGCCGCGGCGGAUGAGGCGCGGCGCAGCGGCCGCAGGAGCCGGAGUAACGGGUCCUGGGUGUGUGGUUACCCCGCUCUCUGACUGAUCGGACCGGACGCUGAUUUGACUGAUUCUGUGGCGCAGGCCGACUGGAAAUGAUGCGAUCCCAGUUCAGGAUGUUCCACCAGCUUCCUCUGUAAACAAUGAAGAUGUGGAAGGACCUUGAAUAAAUGCUAAUGAACUAAAAUCCCGAACAUCUGAUCAGCCUCGUUGCUUUCACUGCCCGAUUGGCCCUGAGAGACGCGAGUCCAGCUGACAGAGAGGUCAGAAAACAGCGUCACGGCGCAUCGGCGUGGAAGAAAACAAAAUCCUCAUUACCUCCACUCUCAUCAGCGGAGACAGCAGGACACGUAACCUGCUUGUUCCUCUGCGUUUACUCAGCGACUGGAGCUUUUCCACCAUCAGAGGGAACUGCCAAGAUGCAAGAUUAAAAAGAUCAGCUCAUUGUUUUGGUUUUAUUGUUGUCGGAGUUUCCAAAAGGGACGUUUCGUCACGCACAGAGUGUUUUGUCUGAAUUAUUGGAGCUGCCGUGCUUUGAAUUGAGAUUAGAUUACUGACUCUGGCAGCGUUUCUUCUCACAAAUGAGAAUUCAGCUCAACCUGAAAAUCACAGCACUGAGUCAAACCAGCCAAAUUAGUUGAAAAACUUGUUCCCCUCCUCGCCUGUGGGGGCGCUGCACCAAGAACGACUGAAAGAAACGACACAAAAACCUUUGAAGAGGAGCGUCCUUCACAAAGUGUAAACAAAAACGGAGAAGUUUCUCUUUUGUCUUUAGAAAAAUACCACAAGCCAUUUUACCCUCUAGCGCUACAUUCUUGUUUGUUUUGGUUGAAACAAACAAGAGUACCCAGAAUGCCCUGCACUGUUUUCCACUUCCUGCUUUUGGAGCGGCCUUCCGUCCGCUUGGUGUUCAUAUAUGCAUUCAAACACGUCCAACCAAACCGAGGAGGUUUUUAGGUUCGCUUUUUGUGGUCCGCAUCAGACAACCGAACCGAACUUUCUAAGCAAAAGAACUGAUUAAAACGAACUAAACAGGCUGGUGUGAGGAAACAACCAUAAAACUUAGAUGAGGCCAACAACGGGCGCCAUGCUUCAGCAGAACAACAACAACAACUACCCCUGCCUGGGCAUGUCGGACUGCCCCCGGGAGAUGCUCCAGAGGUGCUCCAGAACCUCGCUGCCCUUCCCCAGCCGAGUCGAGCUGGGCCUGGGAGACCUGCCGCUGAUCCGCGGCCUCCGAGCCUGGGCGCUGUGCUCCAGGAACCGCCGCAAAGCCGGCGGUCUGCUCGGUGGAGGUAAACCCCCGACUGCCCCGCCGCUGGGAGGUAAAGGGACGUCGACGUCCUGCCCGAGGCCUGCCGACGUGUACCUGAGCGGAUAUGGUUUGCCGCUGGGCGUCGACGCCCGGCAGGCCGGGAUCGGCGCGCUGGUAACGGUCGCCACGUUGAAGACGUCGGAAGGUGGCGGGAAGACGCAAACGCAAUGCCUGUUCCUCCGGACGGAGAAGGGGAGCUGUUUAUACUCAACCGCCAAGCCCGGUUCCGGUUCGACUUCCAGCACGGUCGGACAGUGGUUGAGAGGAAAGCGAGAAGGAUUAGGAGGAGGAAGUGCGGAGCCGCCGCCAACAGAGGCCGCAGCGAACCGGGUCAGGGUGCGGUCCGGCCGGAGGUGGAGGAAGUCCGGCAUCGGCCGGGAAAGGAGCUGCAAAACGGCUGAAGGAAAGCAGUCGGAGCGAGUCGAUGUUCCACCCGAAACUCGCACUCGAAAAAACAGCCAGGAUGAUCGAGAGGAAGCCGAAAGUCCGACAAGAAGAACGGCGACUGAGCUGGACCUGGACGGGAAGGAAGCAGAGGAGUUGGACUCCAAAAACGACUCAGCUGUUGAUGGAGAGAAAGGAUCCGAAAGACUUCCGGAGAGGCAAAAUUCCCCCAUUUCUGGCUGUAAAUCCAAACAAAACGAAGCAGAACCGGAGUCCUCCUUUCCUUUAGGGGGCGCUGGACCAAAUGCAGAAGAAGAAAUACAGUUAAAUGGUGUGGAGUCCUCCAAUCCUAUUGGGGGCGCUGGACAAUACGCAGAAGAGAUACAGUGGACUUCUGUCAAGUCCUCCAUUCCCGUAAGGAGCGCUGAACGAAACCCAGAAGAAGAAACGGAGCGGGAAGUACAGUUGAAUUCUGUAGAGUCCUCCAUUCCUGUAGGGGGUGCUGAUCAGGACGUAAUCCAGGUCUGUAUAAACCUGGAUCACCAAAACCAACGUAAAGUUGAACAUGAAGAGGAAACAAAUAUUGGCAGCGAUGAGGAAACCAGAGAACCUCAUAUUUUCCAAAAACGUGAAGAAAACAACAAUUUUCAGGAGGAGGAAGAGGUUUUCUGUUCGCCUGUCAGACAGAAAAAUCUCUCAAUUUCUGAGAAAUCAGAGAAAGUCAAGGAUGAGUGCACCUGCGGGAAGCUGGAGGAUGAAGAGGAAAACGCAUCAACCUUGGUUUUUAAUGCCUCCUCUAAUCCUGCCCCUUCUCUGGCUUCCAUGGCGACCAGUGGGGAGGAAGAGGAGGAGGAGGAGAAAGACGGCCAAAAACAGAGAAGGAGUCCAAGUGGAGAGCUGGAGGAGAAGGCAGAGGAGGUGAGGGUCUCCUCCACUGAGGAGGAAGAGGAGGAUGAGUUCGGGGUCUUCAUGCAGGCGGAGGGAGACCUGGCCUGGAGCGACGGGGUCAACAUGUCCGCCUCGGAAACUUCUGGGAGCAGAGCGAGAAUUGCAGGUGGAGACGACACCUGGACGGCCUUCCCUCAGGAGCCGACAGGUGAGAGUGGAGAUGGCGUGGAGCGAUGGUGGCCGGCCAACGCCGUGGAGGCGAGGAAAGCUGGACCGCCAACCAAUCACAGCCUGGUGGCAGUCUUUGCUGAAGCCUUCCCCUCGCUGUCCAGUGUUUCCCCUGGUGACCCCUGUGACCUGGAAGCCGUUCCCACGCUGACGCAGCUCCUCCGCGGCCGAGCCAGACAGGAUCAAGGGCUUUUGGACUCUUUCCAUGAUCUGAACAAAAUGAUCGACCAGAGCCACAAGAAAUCCAGCAGCGCGUCUCAGAACCUGGUCGUCCAAACCCUGCAGCUGCAGCCGCCGCUUCCUGAAAGCAGAUCUACUUCCUGGUCGACGAACCGCCACCUGUCCCCAGGCCUCUCCUCGGCCAAUCAGCACGCGGCCGCCAAGCGCCGGCUGUCCUACGACUACAACAGAAACGUCGUGGCGUGACGCUGCGGCGCGCGUUUAAGGAUCAUGUUUCCCUUGUUUGCACUCCGGUUAAUUUACUCACAGAGGACUGAGAGACGCUCUCCGGAAAACGGAGCGGCCGCUGCUCCAGAAACGACGUAGACGGGCGGAGCGUCUUUGUUUCCCUCCAUCCGCCAUCUUGUUCCUCAUGUUCCUCAUCCUGAGGUGACCUGUUGACCCCAGCAGACCCACGGCGCUCGCCACCAUGUUGAGAAAACAGACGAGCAGAAAUAUUAACAAAAUUACAUCCCAAUAAAUCAAAUGGGAUUUUCUCCAUUAUGGUUCUAAAUUAUCAUUAACAAAACCUCUUUAUUGAAGAUGUUGCUACUUUUUAAAAUGUUUUAUUGUUUUAUCACAAACUGCAACAUCAGUGGGAGAAAAUACAUGAAUUAGUUUAAAAGAUAAAUUAAUUUUUUAAAAAUAAUGAAAAAACAUAUAU